UCUUCUGUAUCUAUGACGCUUUCUUCACCAUUAUCGUAAUAGCAACUUGUCGUUGCUAGCAGCUUCGCAGCAGCCUAGUGGACCUCAUGGCGGCGAGAUGUCAUACACUGCUAUGAAGAGAAGAAUCUGGUAGAUCCAAAACAAACAAGAUCUUGUCCUUGCCGUAGUGAUUUCUACAGCACUCGAGCUUCAACACUAUACAUAUAGACGCUCGAUGCUUCUUGUAGUGAUCCUCCUCAUAUAUGCACAUACAUACACAUUUAAACUUGUACAAGGUUUGUGCCACACUUCCAAUCUUAAUCGAAUGACUAACAUACUUACGCGUCUGACCUCGCUCACUGCUUAUCUUGGACGCAUAAAAGGCUGCAUCCGGAUAGCACAUUCGAGUCCUUCAUGCGUGCCAACAUGUACGCUAUUCUCUUGCUCUUGACACUAGCUGGCUCAAUCGCCAUCUUACUCACCAUCUAUUUUUUUCUUGACAUCCAUAAGCAUAUGCUGUAUCGAAAAUAUACCACCCCAGAGGAGAUCAUCAACCUCCUUGGCCAUUCCGAGUCGCCAUCUUCAUCUAUUUCCGAGCUCUUAAAAGCUCGGUCCCUCGCAAAUCGACGGCUAAGGCACACAUUCAACCUCACCAAUACAUUCGUGAAACCCGAAACCGACAUCCACAACACAUUCGUAGGUAGGAUGAAAGAUCUGAUUCGAGCGCAGCGUCGCCGUGGGCAAUGGGUAGAUUUUUUGCACGUAGCUCGGCAAGCCUUUGCAUGCGAGCUCAACAGCUACGUCCCGACAGAAAAAGGCUUUUCCGCCGCCUUUACAGAUUUUAUACAGGUUCUGACGCUCAGAAUCAUUGUCGUCGCGCUGCUUGAUCCUGACCGUGAUAUCGAGAGCAUAGACGCGGAAGAUCUGCGCGUUUCUGCUAUGCUUAUUACGAAACUGUGGGGAAUAUCAAAAUUGAAGAUAUCUUCCACGGUACCACUCAUGGACGCUCCAUGCACGUCUCCGGAUAUCGAUGACUUAACCACGCUUAACUACCACCUCCGUCGACUCCUACCGGAUACUGAAAAGUACCCAAACCCAAUCAACUUUGUCAUCCCAACAUGGGAAACAUUGUGGCGUGUAGUCGCCACAUGCCUGGCCCAUGUACACGAAAAUGUCGAGUUUCGCCGAGUGUUUGAGGAACUUUUAGAGGAUCCAACGUCUGAAAGGUUUAAGACCACUAGUUUCGAUUCGAAGCUGUGUGCGGAUUGGAUCGUCAGCGAAACACUCCGUCUGCAUCCCCCAUCGCGACAUAUAUCUCGGAGCUUCGUCGUCGAACAACCUCCUUUCCUCCAAUUCGUUAGGACCCUCCUUCCAAGAUCUGUGUCAGACCAACUCGGAUUAGCCCCCCUAAUUCGAUCUGAAAUUGCAGAUGUCGAAGGUAUCCAUCUGUCCAUUGGUAUCUGGGGUGCAGACGCACUUGAAUUCAACCCAAGACGAUGGGCGAGAUACACCAGCUCCUUGGAGGCUCCAACCCUUUUCGCAUUUGGGUAUGGACCGCUCAUCUGCAUUGGAAAAAACUGGGCUCCUAUGGCUGCUGCUUUGAUUGUUGGGGCGAUCUUAGAGGGUAUUGAAAGGGAGGAACUUGAAAUAGUUGGGACAGGGAUUAUUGGAGGGCGAGCAGGUUGGAUUGGUUGGCGAGUUCAAAGUCGGGAGGCGUUUAAGGCCUGAUAUAUUUUGUUUGGACGGUUUAAGACAUCCGUUUUCUUGUGUUGGAUUCGUGUAAUGACAUUCCCAAGUUUUUGAAAAGGUCAUCGAUCAUC